AUGGGUAAAGGUCCAUUGGAGCGCAAGCUCCAAUUUGAAAAGAACAAUCAGAAUCUUACCAAACUCCCCAAAUAUGCCAAGGUUGAAAAACGUCCCAUUCCCCAUCCUCCUGUUGCUUCUCCAUAUGCAGGCGCCGCUGUGCCCAAAAUUGUCUACGUCUCCAGCAACACCCCAUUUAUGAGCGCCGUGAAGCGCGUCCAGAAAUUGCUACGUCAAGCUGAAAAGCGAGCAACGUCCAAGAUCGGCCUCGACGACGGGCGAAAAUCAGAGCAACAGAAGCUUGCAGAGCUGGCCAAGGUGACUGAGAAGCGGGAGGAGGUCUUUGUCAAGGCCACGGGCCGUGCGAUUGAGAAGGCGCUUAAUGUGGGCAAGUGGUUUGAGGAGAAGGAGGCGGAAUAUAUUGUGCGGACUAAGACGGGGAGUGUCCUUGUGGUCGAUGACAUUGUUGAGGAUGAGGAGAAGAAAGAGAGAGAAUUAAGAAGGGAACAGCAGCAGCACCGAGAGACGGAGAUGAAAUCGCAGAAUGCUGAACAGCCUGCCUCGUUAGAUCAGGGCGCUGGGCGGCCAGAGGAGUCGGGCGGAGAAGCAAAGUCCUCCUUGAAACCAGCGAAGAAGAGAAAGGGCAAACGUUCAGCUUCUGCUAUCUCGGAAGAUGCCGAGCUCCCUGAGAGCCGAACCCGAUGGAUAAAGAUGGUGGAAGUGGCCGUCAGUCUGAAGUGA